AUGGGGCUGUUCGCCGCGUUCAGGCACAUGUAUAAACAAUAUUGGUAUGUUCUCAUUCCGGUGCAUUGGGUGACAUCGGCUGGCUGGCUGGUCGGCUUCUACUUUCUAGCCAAAAGCGGCGUUGAUGUGCCCGCGCUGUUGCAGUAUGUGCAUCUGAGCGAGACGAUCAUUGAGAAGGUGAAGUCCUCCGACAAGGGAUACUAUGCCAUCGCCUAUCUGUGCUACAAGGUGGCAACGCCACUGCGUUACGUAGUCACAUUGGGCACCACGACAUUGUCGAUCAAGUAUCUAGUGGCACGGGGCUACAUCAAGCCGAUUCCGACCAAGAAAGAACUAAUUAAGAUGUACGAGAAGAAAAAGGCAGAGAAGGAUGGGAAAAAGUGA